AUGACCAUCGCCGGCUCCGACUCCGGGGGCGGUGCGGGUAUCCAGGCGGAUUUGAAAACCUUUUCCGCUCUGGGUGUGUUUGGCACUUCUACCCUGACCGCGAUCACCGCCCAGAACACCGUGGGUGUCAGCGCGGUGCACGAGGUGCCCACUGACAUCAUCGCCGCUCAAAUUGACGCGGUAAUGACGGACAUCGGAGCCGAUGCGGUCAAGACCGGCAUGUUGUCCUCGAGCGAGAUCGUGGAAACGGUGGCCGAGGCCAUCCGACGUCACGGCGUCGUCAACCUCGUGGUUGAUCCCGUCAUGGUCGCCAAGAGCGGCGACCGUCUCCUCCGCGAAGAGGCCAUCCAUUCCAUCUGUAGCUCCCUGAUCCCGCUGGCAGCGGUGGUGACGCCCAACAUACCGGAAGCCGAAGAUUUGACAGGUCGCCCCGUCCAAUCCGACGAUGAUGUCCGCGAGGCGGCAAUCCGCAUCGUGGCCAUGGGCGCUCGCUCCGUCGUCAUCAAGGGCGGCCACCGCGACGGCCCACCCACCGAUGUUCUCUACGACGGCCACGAAUUCCUGGAGUUCACCACCGAGCGGAUCCCUUCGACGAACACGCACGGGACCGGUUGCACCUUUGCCUCGGCGAUAGCCGCCGGUCUGGCCCACGGACUGGACACGCCCGCCGCGGUCGCACGGGCGAAAGACUACGUGACCGCCGCCAUUCGCGCGUCGUACCCGAUUGGCCACGGACACGGUCCGCGGGUUUUUGGGGUGUUCAGCCAGUGCGAUCACCAAUUCGCAACCUACGAUGAGGUAAUUCAGCCAUGCCAGGAUUUGACGUGGUUUCCAGCCGGGUCAGUUUUCCGGAACUCGAUGCCGAGAUCCUCCAGUAUUGGAAGGAACGCGAUGUGUUCCGUCGGUCCGUGGACGACCGUCCCGGACGCUCCACUCUUCAUGAUGUAUGAGGGUCCGCCCACUGCCAACGGGAGCCCCGGCAUUCACCACGUUUUGGCCCGCGUGUUUAAGGAUGUAAUCUCACGGUAUCGCACCAUGAAAGGUUGCCGGGUCAUCCGCAAGGGUGGAUGGGAUACGCACGGGCUGCCCGUCGAGCUGGAAAUUGAAAAGGAACUCGGCUUGGCUUCCAAGCGCGAGAUCGAGGAAUACGGCAUUGCCGAGUUCAACCAGCGCUGUCGGGAAAGCGUGUUCAGAUACGUCAAAGACUGGGAAGUGAUGACCGACCGCAUCGGCUAUUGGGUCGAUAUGCACGAUCCCUACGUAACGCUGGAAAACGACUACAUCGAAACCGGCUGGUGGAUUCUCAAACAGUUGUGGGAUCGCGGGCUCCUGUACCAGGACCGGCGCGGCACCCCCCAUUGCCCCCGCUGCGUGUCCAGCCUUUCCUCCCAUGAGGUGGCCCUCGGCUACCGCGAAAACACUCCCGAUCCAUCGGUUUUCAUCAAAUUUGAAGCUGCCGCCUGGCCCGGCGACGCGCCGACUUAUUUCCUCGCCUGGACCACGACUCCGUGGACCCUACCCGGCAACACCGCCCUGGCGGUAGACCCCGAUGCAGAGUAUUCGGUCGUCUCAGUGGCAGAUCAUCAGCUCAUCCUGGCAACCGCAUUGCUCAAGGUCCUGCACGACGAAUACUCCGUCGUCGAAACCCGACUGGGCAGUGAACUGGUCGGACAUUCGUACCGACCCUUAUACGACGCCGCUGAAUUUGGUUCCGGCAUCCAGCAGUUCGUCCGCCGCGAUGGCGUGACCCAGCUGGAGGACACCGAUUCGUACUCCCCGCAUGUCGUCGCCGCCGAUUUCGUGAGCAUGGAUGAUGGCAGCGGCAUUGUCCACAUCGCACCCGCGUUUGGUGACGAGGACCUGGCUCUCGGCCGCGAGCGGGGGUUGGCCUUCAUCCAGCCGGUGGACCUCCAGGGGAUUGUGACCGGCUCUUAUCCCUUCGCCGGCAAGUUCGUCAAAGACGCGGACCCUGAGAUCGCCGCCGACCUCGACAGUCGCGGUUUGCUCUAUCACCAAGGAGUCUACCGCCAUACCUACCCGUUUUGUUGGCGGUGCGACACGCCGUUGCUCUACUACGCCAAGGACAGUUGGUACAUCCGCACCACCGCCGUGAAAGAUCGCCUCGUUGACAUCAAUGGCGAGAUCCAUUGGUACCCGGAACAUAUUCGGGAAGGCAGGUUCGGGGAGUGGCUCCGAAACAACGUUGACUGGUCACUGUCGCGGGAACGGUUCUGGGGCACCCCCAUCCCCAUCUGGCGUUGCGACGGGUGCCAGUCCACCCGGUGCGUCGGCAGCCUCGCCGAGUUGUCUGACCUCGCUUCGAUUGACGUGGGCGAUCUCGACUUGCAUCGGCCCUACGUGGACGACAUUGCCUGGCCAUGUUCCCAGUGCUCCGGCGUCAUGCGUCGCAUCCCGGAGGUAGCGGACGCAUGGUUCGACUCCGGCAUGAUGCCCUAUGCCCAAUGGCAUUACCCUUUCGAAAAUCCCGAAAUCGACAACGACGGCCGCCUGCCGGCUGACUACAUCUGUGAAGCGGUGGACCAGACCCGCGGCUGGUUCUACAGCCUCCACGCCCUGUCAACAUUGCUCAACGACGACUUGGCUUACCGCAACGUAAUCUGCCUCGGCCUGAUCCUGGAUGGACGCGGCCGCAAGAUGAGUAAGCGGCUUGGCAACAUCGUUCAGCCCGACACCAUCCUCGAUACCCAUGGCGCCGACGCUUUGCGCUGGUAUCUUUUCACCGCAUCCCAUCCCGGUGAACCCCGGCGCUUCUCCGACCGUUUGGUCCAGCAAACCCUGCGCCAGGUGUUGCUGACCCUUUGGAACGUCUACUCCUUUUUCACCAACUACGCGAACAUCGACGAAUUCGAGCCGUCCCAAAUUCCGGAAGGUUGGCGCCCUGAAGCCGAACUCGACCGCUGGAUCCUGGCGGAACUCAACCAAUUGGUUCAGGUCGUGGACGAUCACCUGGACAAUUACAACCCGACCGACGCCGGACGCCGGCUUGCCGAGUUCAUCGACGUGCUGUCCAACUGGUACGUCCGCCGUUCGCGCCGCCGCUUCUGGAAGUCAGAGAACGACGCGGACAAACUCGGGGCCUACGCUACCCUCUACCGUUGUUUGACCACGGUAGCUCGGCUUAUGGCGCCAUUGGCUCCCUUCGUAUCCGAGCAGAUGUACCGCAACCUGGAACUUCGCUACGAAACUCACGCGCCCGAUAGCGUCCAUCUCUCUGCCUAUCCGGUGGCGGACACCGCCCUGAUCGACGGUCCCAUCAUGGAAGCGACCCGCCUGGCGAUACGCGUUUCCAGCAUGGGCCGUGCGGCUCGGAGCAAAGCCGGACUGAAGGUCCGCCAACCUCUGGCCGAAGUUGUGGUCAAGACCCGGACCGACGCUGAGGCGGAAUACCUGAGCCAGGUGCGUCCGCAGAUCCUUGAAGAACUGAAUAUCAAGGAGUUGCGGGCGGCCGACGGCUACGGGGACCUGUAUGUUCGGGCCCAGGAGCUAGCCACCGAUGACGGGGAUGCGGUGGUUUCAGUAGAUGGGUAUUCAGCGGCAAUGGAAUCAGGCUACAUGGUGGCGGUGGACGCUCGCAUCACCCCGGAAUUGGCCGACGAGGGUCUGGCGCGCGAACUCGCUCACCGGAUCCAAAAUCUACGCAAGAAUGCGCGUUUCGAAAUCACCGACCGUAUCAUCGCUUACUACGACGGACCCGACGAAAUUGCGCGUGUGAUGACCGUCCACGGAGACUACAUCAAGCAGGAAACCCUGAGUGACGACUUGCUUGCCACGGUUGCUGAGGACGCUGCCAAAUCUGAGACCGCCCAGAUCGAGGGCAUGGAGGUCACCCUCGGUGUGCGUCGUCUGACUGACGUUUAA